AUGGGGGUUUGUGCUUCCACUCAAACACCAAUAACAAGGAAUCCCAAAUGCGGAAUCAAAUUCUCCAAACAACAACAACAACAACAACAACAACACCAAUUGUUGAAUCUAGAUUCAAUCAAGGUCAUUCACAUGGACGGCUUCAUCGAGGAAUUUUCCGAUCCAAUCAAAGCCUCCAAAAUCACAUCUCGUAACCCUAAUUUCUUCCUCUGUAACUCAGAGCAAAUGUUAAUCGGUAGCUGUGUUCCUUCUCUUUCCAGCGAUGAAAAUCUUCAAAUCGGUCAAAUCUACUUCCUCCUCCCUCUCUCUCUCGCUCAUUCCCCUCUUUCUCUCCCCGAUCUCUGCAAUUUCGCCAUUAAAGCUUCCUCUGCUCUUCGAAACAUUCCAUCUCCGUUCUUCAGGUAA